AUGGUGACCCCGGGCAGUAGCCGGGGCGGCCCGUCGCGCGUAGCGGCGCGGGGCGGCGUUUCCGCCCCCGGGAGCCCGCGCGUCUCUUCUGCCGCGACCACUUUCGCGGCGCUCCGGCGCAGGUGGCGGUGGGCGCCCUCGGGCGCGUCGACGCUGGAGCGCGCGGCCCGCGCGUUCCUCCUGGCCUCCGCGGCGCUCGUGCUCGCCUGCGCGCUGUACCUCUACGUGUUCCGCUACGUCGGCCGGGGAGGUCGCGCUCGCGCCUUCGCCGCCGCGGGCUUCGUCGGGGACGCCGCCGGCCUGGGCCUGGGCCUUGGCGGCGUGGCGUGCGACGUGUUCGACGGCGCCUGGGUGCCCGACGACACCGGCCGCCACCCGCUCUACAACAGCUCCGAGUGCCCGUUCGCGGAGCGCGGGUUCGACUGCCUCGCCAACGGGCGGAACGACACCGGGUACCUCAAGUGGCGAUGGAAGCCGCGCCGGUGCGACGUGCCGCGGUUCGCGGCCCGCACCGCGCUGGAGCGGCUGCGCGGGAAGCGGGUGGUGUUCGUGGGGGACUCCAUGAGCCGCACGCAGUGGGAAUCCUUCAUCUGCAUGCUCAUGGCCGGCGUGGAUGACCCCAGGACGGUCUUCGAGGUGAACGGGAACGAGAUCACCAAGACGAUACGGCACCUGGCGGUCAGGUUCGCGUCUCACGGCCUCACUGUGGAGUUCUUCCGGUCCGUGUUCCUCGUGCAGGAGCAUCCUGCCCCGCGGCAUGCCCCCAAGAGGGUCAAAUCCACAUUGAGGCUGGACAGGAUGGAUAAUUUCAGCCGGAAAUGGGUGAAUUCGGACGUACUGAUUUUCAACACUGGGCAUUGGUGGACGCCGACCAAAUUGUUUGAUACGGACACAAGCCAAAAGGUGUGUGAGGUAACAGAGCUGCCUUCAUCAGAGGCCAAAGGAAAUGAUAAGAGUGAAUUUGGGGCUAUACUUGCUGAUGUUGUAACCAACAUGAAAGUUCCUAUCACAGUACUGAAUGUAACUUUAAUGGGAGCGUUUCGAAGUGAUGCACAUGUUGGCACUUGGAGUUAUCCUCCGACUAUACUUGAUUGCAGCCACUGGUGUCUUCCUGGAGUCCCCGAUGCUUGGAACGAACUCGUGUUUUCGUACCUUUUGACAAAUGUUAGACAAAAUUUUGACAUAGGAGUAAAAUUUUGCUUUCUUGCAAGGUUGGCGAAACAUGGCAGGCUGAAUUUUAUGGCCGCAUGCUCAAUCUACCCUUGUAUUGUGAUAUUUGACAUUACCAGGUAUACUAGAGAAUUAACAUACGUCCGGGACAAGGCAGCUGCAUCUGCUAGGUGGUUCACUGGACUUCUACAUUCUUUUCUUCUUUUUGACUUGUAUACAAGGUGA